UGAAGUCCACCAGGCUUAAAGUUGCCAAGGUUGGGGACCCCUGCUCUAGCAUGUGCUUCCUAUCCUGGUGUGAUAAAACCUGCCUUAUUUAUUUUAAUAGGAUGCAAGAUAAUUCCAUCUCAGAUGUGCCUUGGGGAGGGAAAGGCGUUUCCGAGGCAGCGUGCUUUCCGCGCUUCUUAAAUAACAGCUGCUUGAGGGCAUUCUCUCUUAUCCAGUCUCCUGCUAGUUUCAUGUACUGCUUCCCACAUAAAUGUAUCUUGAAAUGUACAACGCAAACGGUAAAAAACAAUAAAUAAAUUAGAAAUUGUAUAUACAAGAGAAAAGGGAAACAAAAGCAGAAACAAAAAAAAUUAAGAUAUUUGUACAAAAAGAACUGAGUGAAGGAAAAAAUAUUCAAUAUUCGAUAUCUGAAAGAUUGUUAACAGGAAUAGAAUAGAAUAGAAUUUUUUUAUUGGCCAAGUGUGAUUGGACACACAAGGAAUUUGUCUUGGUGCAUACGCUAUCAGUGUACAUAAAAGAAAAUAUACCUUCAUCAAGGUACAACACUUACAACACUUAAUGAUGCUCAUAGGGUACAAAUAAGCAAUCAGGAAACAAUAUCAAUAUAAAUCAUAAGGAUUACCAGCAACAAAGUUCCUUAUCCGUUUCUGAGAUUUGCUGUAUAGAGGUUGCCCAUGAGAAGAUCUUAUGAGUCAUUAGAUCAGGCCUUUGAAAUGACAAUUUUUAUUUCAUUAUGGACUAGUGCACCCCCUGUUGAAGAAGAAAGUAUAAUUUACGGCUCUACGUUUUUGCCUGAAUUAAUAUCAUUUCGUGACUGAAAGUAAUGUCAUUUCUUCAUCAGUAAUCCUUAACUGUGCUGUAGCCAUCACCCAAAAGUCACCAUGCCCUGUAGAAUAACAAGACCAGGCUUUAUCAUGUUACAAUGAAUGGGCAACACAGCAGCUCUAUUCUGUCUUCUAAGGUUAGGGUUCUUCUAGCUUCACUGCAAUCUAUUGAACAGAGGUGGAUAUUUUGCAGAGCACAUCAAGUGUCCCUUUUCAAAGCACAGAGGCAGCCAUAUCCUCUAGACAGCUCACUGCUUUCCCAGGUGUGCAUGUGCAGAACAAACAAGAUUUCCACUGGGACUAUUAGUAAAGUGAAAUGGUCAUACAUGUGUAUGUACCAGGUGAUUGCCAGGGAAAGUCUUAGAAAGAAUAGAGCUAGAAGGAACCUUGGAGGUUUUCUUUAUAACAACGUUUCCAGAGAAUGCAGCAACCUCAGCACUUGAAGAAAGAUUUUUCAUUCUUAUCAAAGGAGCAUGAUGGCUCAUUUGCUGGUUUGACAAGCAGCAAACCUGUGUUCGAGGUCCAAGUGCUGCCAUAGGGUGGGGUGAGCUUCCAUUUUUUGCUCCAGUUGCUGCUGGGGACAUGAAAGGCACUACCAAUUAGGCGUCCUCCAGACAAUGGUGGCAUCACUGGUUAAUUCAACCUGGAAGUGCCUCGGUGCUUCUGAAACAAGAUGAGAUUCUUAUCAACACACUUCUCAGUGAGUUGCUAUCAAUAGUCAUCAGGGGGAAUAGUUUUAUUAAUCUUUAGUAAUAAGAGUAUAUACAAGGCUAACAAUUUUAUUAUCCCAUAGGUUUUUUAGCAGAAUGUGAACUGAGAUCCACAAAUACAUACGGAUUAAUUUGUCUUUAAGACAGACUUAAACUUAGAAUAACUUUGUCACUUUGAAUGUAUACUAAUCGGCAUACAUUAAAAUGAAAUUUCAUUGCAUACAGCUCUUAAAGGGUCUCCACCUCCAAUAUACACUACAUAAACAUGACAGAAUAAACAAACAAACAAAUAAAUACAAAAUUAUGCAUAUACCCACAUAUAUGACAUGGAGAAACAACACAGUUAAGAUGCCAUAAGAAUGAGAUUUCUUAUAGCAAUAGGACUUACAUUAUACACUUCUCCACAGUGCUUUUACAGCAUUCUCUUGAGCGGUUUACAAUGUCAACAUAUUGCCACCACACGCACGCACAAUCUGGGUCCUUAUUUUACUGACUUUGGAAGGAUGGAAGGCUGAGUUGACUUCGAGCCCCAUGAGGAUCAAACUCCAGACUGGACAAAAUUUUCCUGCAAUAGUGCAUUCUAACCACUCGUAACCAGGGUUCCUUUUUAAGUUACAUUCUGCUACAAUUCUUGUAUGAUUUACUAUUCUCUUCUGUAAAUGAGAAAAUGAAUUAUUUGUUUAAAUGUACCUGUAUGGAAAAAAAUGAGUUCUUUUAUAAUGUUUCUUUGGGCAUAAGAAACUGUGAAGCAUUGUUUAGUAGGCUUAUAUAUUAUGUAUUAUCAGUCUAUUUUUUCCCCUUUUUUUCUGCAAACUUGUGAUUAUUUUUCAGGCUUGCAAGGACAAAUUGAUAAAUGCUUUUAAGAAACUGCUUGCUCAGUAUUGCAGAGGGAAAGUAGCAUUAUGUUUUCUUAGAAUGUAGAUAAAAUUAAAAAACACACGGAACUGGUUUGUUUUUCUCCCUUCUUCCACAUCCUACUUUUUGCUCCACAUACCAUAUUUAGAGUAAACAGUAUGAUUCACAGAAAAUAACUCUUUGAAGUUCAUUUGUCACUUGAAAAAAUACAAUUGAAAAAGGACGAUUAACAAUAUAUAUUUUAAAAAUUGCAUUUGUUGAAUACAUUAUCAUAAUCUUUUUUUCCUCUUGGUCUUGUAGCCUUUUGUUUACAUAUAUCUCAGUUCUUAAGCUAUAAAUUAAACCUUGAUUUGCUAGCACACUUACCUCUGGUUAUCAUCCUGUUCCUGUGCAGAAUAAUCUUGAAAAAUAUCAAAACUGAUUUUCAUACAGAUUGUCAUUGAUUGUCCAAUUCAUUUGGAGGAUAUUAGGUUAAAGAAGGUUCUGUUGGAAAAUGAUGUUAUUAUAUAGAUAAUAGUGUACACCAGGGGUGGCAAACUCGCAGCCCACUGCCUGGAUAUGUCACGCGCUGAAAGUCGCAAUACAUCAUGUGACGACAAUGUGACGACAUGCGUUUGACACCCCUGGUGUACACAAAUGGUAAUUCAAUGAUUUUUAAAAGAAAAAAUAUAUGGACAUUAAAACAAUUUAAUGAUGAGAUUAUGAUCUAAUUACCUUGUUUAAAACUAGUGAUGAUAGGAAUCCUAUGCAAAGAUUGCUCAGAGUCUGCUCAUACUCAUUAAAACAAUUGUAUUCAUGCCACGAAGAAACAGAUGCAAUUAUUUCUAGCAUGGAUAAUUUCUGUAGGAAAAUUCUAAUACUGUGUUUACAAAUACUAAUCUUGUAGUUUUUAUGUUCACCGUAAUUAAAACCUGACUUUAAUGGGAAAUAGUUGUACAAAAACAAUAUCGAUUUAACAAAUUAUAAAUAUGUUAUUUCUAAUAAAUUAAAAUUGAGGCGCCCUUUCUGAAGAAUCUUCUUGGAUGAGAAGCGAAAUGUCUUCAAGCAAAACAAAGAAAAUCCAGUUGCCUUUUGAAAAGGCAUCAAAAAGGACAACCGUGACUUGGCUGGAUGACUGAGAACCUCCAUAGACAUAUGAAUUGGAUAGUGCUUGAUGUAUACAUAUGCACCAAUUAUGUAUACAUAUGCAACCUAUUGUGGAUAUCAAGGUGGGGGAGGCUGUAUGACUUUUUUUAAAAGCAAUCUUUUGGGACCAUUGAAUGUCAAAAGCAUAUAUUGAGACUGUUAAAUGGGUGUCAAUUUCAAAUACAGAAUCGGCACAGUUCAGUUUCUGGUGCUGAAAUCCCCCCUUGUUGAAUUUGCAAUGUGUCAAAAUCCAAUUCUGUAGGCAUAAUUUUUACAUGACCAUCUUUAAGCAUAAAGAUAAGCUAUACAAUAAUUCAGUAAUAGUGUCUUGGAAGUCACUAUUGAUUAUAACUGAACCCAAAUUACCUGCAGUUGUCUUUGGAUUUGCAGUCACAGUUGCAAACAUGAGAAAUCUGGAAUUAAAAUAUUUAAUUCAUUUUUCUAGGAAAGCACAUGAGAAAUACUAUUUUAUGUAGGUUUCUUAUUUCAAAUUUUGUCUCUCUUAGAAGACCCUGAAAUGCAAAAUGUGAAUUCAGAAAGCCUGUUCUAAAACCAUGGCUUUGGCACAGUUUCUUUCUAGGGGUCCUUAUUUUCUGAAAUCUUUAACAGUGACCAGUUUGGGAAGAAUGUUGAAGACUCCUGUAUGUUCUUGGAAUAAUUAUUUAAGAAAGGUCUCUGUUCACGGUGGCAAAUCCAUUUCUACUAAAAUAGUUCUGGGAAUAGAAACCAGCUGUGAUGAUACAGGAGCUGCUGUGGUGGAUGAAACUGGUAGCAUUUUAGGAGAAGCAUUACAUUCUCAAACUGAUGUUCAUUUAAAAACAGGUGGCAUUAUUCCUCCAGUAGCGCAGCAGCUUCACCAAGAAAAUAUUGCAAGGAUAGUACAACAUGCAGUCUCAGCCAGUGGCGUCAGCAUGGAGGAUAUCUCGGCUGUUGCAACAACUGUGAUGCCAGGACUUGCGUUAAGCCUUGGAAUUGGAUUGAAAUAUAGUUUAGAACUGGUGAAGAAGCAUCGGAAACCUUUUAUCCCUAUCCAUCAUAUGGAAGCACAUGCGCUCACCGUCCGACUGACAGACCUUGUCCCAUUUCCUUUUCUUGUCCUGUUAGUCUCCGGAGGUCAUUGUAUACUGGCGGUAGCACAAGGAGUUUCUGAUUUUCUUCUCCUUGGACAAACAAAGGACAUCGCACCAGGGGACAUGCUUGACAAGGUAGCUAGAAGUCUUUCUUUACAUAACCAUCCAGAGUGCUCUGGCAUGACUGGCGGGAGAGCAAUAGAGACCUUGGCUCAGCAGGGUAACAUUCUGCGAUACAAAUUCACAAUCCCCAUGCAGCGAUACCGUGAUUGCGCCUUCUCUUUUGCUGGUCUGCAAAGCGAAAUCACUAGAAAGAUUUCGAAAGAAGAAAAAGCAGAAGGCCUUCAGGAAGGACAACAUCUCUCCUGUAUUCCAGACCUUGCUGCGGCAGCCCUGUAUACAAUGACUGUUCACAUUGCUGAACGAACCCAUCGGGCUAUUCUCUUCUGCAAAGAGAAAGGAAUCAUACCACCAGGAAAGGAAACUUUGGUAGUUUCAGGAGGUGUUGCAAGUAACCAAUAUGUCCGUAGAUCUCUGCAACUUCUAGCAGAUGCUACUAAUUUCACAUUGGUUUGUCCACCUCCACGGCUUUGCACUGACAAUGGUGUUAUGAUUGCAUGGAAUGGAAUUGAAAAGCUUUCUGUGGGAUUAGAUAUUUUUUAUAAUGUAGAACAUUUCAGGUAUGAACCAAAAGCUCCACUUGGAACUGAUAUCUCAGAACAAGUAAAAGAAGCUUUCAUCAAAGUGCCAGCGCUAAAUCUAGCAGUGUGAUGUGUGGUAUUUUUCAAUUGUUUGGAAAAAAGUGAAUGUGUCAUUUUCCAAAAUUUUUUAAUGGGGACUCCAUUUUAUUGCUCCCUGGUCAUCUGGACCAGUUGUGUGACAUUGCCGAGUAAUUUAAUUAUAAGCUGAGGAAAAAUUUAAGGUAUGAAAAUGGAAAAACAGGAGAUACAUUUUUAGUCACUAUAAAUGAGGAAGGUGUUUCUCAACAUUUUAUUGUUUGUAAAUCAGGAUAUAUGUUCCAUUAUCAAUCAAGGCUGGCAUUUUCUGUGGUUUAAUGAUAACUAUUUGCAGAAAUAAAAGGAAUGGAUGUUACUUACGCAUGUUUGGUCCGAAUUGAAAAUAAUACCCUCAAAAAAGAAGAGGGUCGGAGGAGCAAGUGCAGUACCCAGCUUCCCCACUUAAGUACUCUUGGUUUGCAAAUUGUAGCUGAAAUAAAUCUUCAAUAUUCCACUCUCACCCAAUAUAAGUGCGCACCUGUCAGUUCUUUACAUCUGUUUUUAUAUAUAUACGCAAGUGGAUAUAACUGCCAGAAGCUACUUUCCAGAAAGUGUAGAGGCAGGACAAAAAGAGUCACUGGUUCAAUUAGUAACUACUGAUUACAGUUGCUUGUAAGGUAAGGUUCUCCCUUUACCAAAUGGAUUGAGCUCCAUCAAUAUAAAUCAACUAUUCUUUCUCAUGGAUGCAAACCAUUCCAACAUAUGGAAAUAUAUAAAUGUAUGCACAAAUAUUUCCUUCCUUUCUUCCAGGAAAAACAGCUAAAAGGUAAGAGGAAAAAAGGAAGCAAAUAGAAUAAAAAGAAGGAAUAGCUACAAUGGUGAGAAGAGGGAAAAUAGAUGGAGAUGUGAGUACAGGUAAUCCUCGAUUUACAGCUCUUUAUUUAGUGACCAAAGUUACAACUGCACUGAAAAAAGUGGCUUAUAACCAUUUUUCACAUUUAUGACUGUUGCGCCACCCUGUGGUCACAUGAUCAAAACUCGGUAACUGGCAUGUAUUUAUGACAAUUUCAGUGCCUUGGACUCAUGUGACCAUCUUUUACGACCUUUUGACAAACAAAGUCAAUGGGGAAGCCAGAUUCACUUAGCAACUGUUACUAACUUAACAAUGCAGUGAUUCACUUAAUAACUGUGGCAAGGAAGGUUGUAAAAUGGGACAAAACUCAAUAAUUGCCUUGCCUAGCAACAUAAAUUCCGGGCUCAAUUGUGAUCGUAAGUUGAGGACUACCUGUAGCAGAAAUAACAGGAGAGUAAAGGAAACAAUUACAGUAUGUGAGUUAAAAAAAAAUCAUAGGUAAACAGCACCUAAUCUUUGAAGUUAAAAGAUUUGCAGCAGUACCUUUACAGCCAUUUGCCUCAUGCAGAGUGCUUGUUUUCAAGAGCUUAUCAGUGAAUGUACAGUAUUAACAUUUCAUGUCCCCUUUUUUGCUGCUGUGCUGUAUUAUUUGAAAUAAAGAUAUCUUUUAAUUUACCCUGAUUCUUCAUAUUUGCUUUUCACACAUGAAGUCAUAUCUGAUUGCCAGUGUUUUUAUUUCUUACUUCUGUAUCAAUUUCUUGCGGUUGUUUUCUUCCCAA